CUGUACCGCCCUUUCGACCCGCCCCGCCCCGAUAUCAUUUCGACGCGCCGCGCACGCCCGCGCUUUUUCCAUUUUUUUGGCCGUUCAAACUCGCUAAAAUGGAACAACUCAUAUGGCCACAUCAAAGUUAUUUUCUGCAGAAAAUUCGUCCGUCCUGAUUGCGUCUCCGAUCCAACGGUAUGCCAUGGAAAUGCCUCUUGUGAUCACCAUACUCGUCAAUGUUCGUGCAACCUCGGACACAUUGGAGAUGGUUUCGUAUGCAACCCAGACCCACAGGAUUGUGUCCUUCGUAAAGAUCUAUGCAGUCCGGAAGCAUUGUGCAUUGGAAGACGUUGUAGAUGUGUGGAAGGAUUUACUGGUGAUGGCAUCAAGUGUGUAUCCCUCUAUCAACGAUCCGUCAACUGUUCUGAAUGUGAUGCAAACGCUCACUGUAACGAUGGAAUGUGCCAGUGCAACGUUGGCUACUUUGGUAACGGUCUGUGUUGUGUACCUGAUCCACGAGACUGUGUUCACUUCUCGGGUGUAUGUCAUCCGGAUGCUACGUGCGAUCGAGAUGAAAGGGUCUGCAAGUGUAAUACAGGCUUCCUUGGCGACGGCAUCUCAUGCUUCCCUGUUCGCUCCUGCCGUUCCGAUCCGAACGUCUGUGAUGUCGAAGCAAUCUGCCUUCCAUCUGGUCAAUGCAUCUGCAAGCAUGGAUUCCGUGGAAACGGCUACAACUGUAUAAAAAUUUCUCCUUUGUUGCGUCAUCAAUCAAACGAACCGCUCAACUCGUGCAUGAACAGUUGUGAUCGUGAGACGGAGCUGUGCAUAUCCGGAAGUUGUGUCUGCAAGCAUGGCUAUGAGCAGCGAAAAGAUGGAAAAUGUGUUGAUGUGAAUGAGUGCCUUUCAUCACCUUGUCAUCACCUGGCUACCUGCACCAACCUCCAUGGCUCCUUUGCCUGUACCUGUCCCGACGGCUACGCAGGCGAUGGCAAGACGUGCAUUCAACAUUUGAAGAUCGGUGAACUUGGAGUAUUCUGUGAACCCGAUGGUAUGACACUGGUGCUUGGCAACGAGACAACAGCAUUUGAGGGAAGAAUUUUCGUCCGGGGACAAGCCGAAAAUCCGUACUGCGCGAAGACCUUCUCAUCCCUGCAACACGCUGCCAAACCGUACAUGUUCAAGGUUCCAUUCGAGCACUGCAACGUUCGUCUGGAAGACCAAGACACUUUCGCAACGACCGUUAUCGUUCAAAAGCAUCCAAUGUUCAUCACGACGGCUGCCGAUGCUUAUGACCUCCGAUGUACCUACCCUGUUGGAGUUCGAGAGGUGGAAUCAAAUGUGAACGUCUCCGAUCUCACGACUUCUUCUACACUUACUGAUAAUGCCCAUGGUCCCAGCUGUCGUCUCACAGUCACCAACGAGGCUGACGAGAGCAUUGCUGCUGCUGUAGUCGGACAGGCUCUACGUCUUCGAUUAGAAGUUAUGCCUAAUGAGACUUAUUCGAUUUUGCCUCGCAAUUGCUUCGCCAUCAACAUCGAGACCGGGGACCGAUAUUCACUGACAGAUAAAGCUGGUUGUGCAAUCGAUGAUCAACUGUUCCCCGAAUGGACAAAGAUUCGACCUAGUCUAACUGAGGCAGUCUUCAGGACAUUCAAAUGGCCGGACAGCUCGAUGAUUCGCUUCCAAUGUGACUGUAGCGCUUGUGUUGGAAAUUGCCCAGAGAUGAAUUGUGGCCGUCGACGAGAAGCAGCGAUGAGACGCUUCCGCUUCCGUCGUGUGCGUGACAUCAAAAACGGAUCCGCUAUCGAGGAUAGGCCCACUGAUCUUGACUAUGACGAGGAUGAAGAGGAGAAGGAGCUUCUCAAGAAGAUCAUCGAUCCAAAACGAUUAGCGUUUUCGUCGUUGGUCAGAGUACGAGAGGAUGAAGAAGAAGAACGAGCACAGCAACAAGUGGAUCACUGGAGAAACGGUGUAACUAUGGAAUCAGAAACGAUCAAGGAACUGGUGACUCAAGAAGCGGCAGUCUGCCUACGAACGGUCCUCGUCUUUGGCGCUAUGGCGGUGACAUGCUUCUGCGUGGUCGUGCUGAUCUACAUCUCCAUUCGACGACGACGAUGCAAAGCGAUAACUAUGCAGGCGAGCAUGUCCACAAUUGGACUCUAAACUUCAUCCCAUCCAUUUAUAGUGCCUUCAUGCAUUCAUCAACAGCGCUUUAG